AUGGAGAUGAAGAAGUUUCUAUUGGUUGCUCUUUCACUUGCUCUGCUUCUCGGGAUUGGGGCGAGCUUCGAUUUCCACGAGAAGGAAUUGUUAUCCGAUGAUAGCUUGUGGGAGUUGUACGAGAGGUGGAGAAGCCAUCACACGGUGACCCGGAGCCUCAAUGAGAAGCACAAGCGUUUCAAUGUGUUCAAAGCAAAUGUCAUGCAUGUUCACAACACUAACAAGAAGGACAAGCCCUACAAGCUUAAGCUGAACAAGUUUGCAGACCUGACCAACCACGAGUUCAGAGAGGUUUAUGCCGGCUCGAAGAUCAAGCAUCACAGGAUGUUCCGAGGUUCAUCACGUGGCACCGGAACUUUCUCACAUGACAAUUUUGAUCGUUUGCCGACGUCAGUUGAUUGGAGAAAGAAAGGUGCUGUCACUGCUGUGAAGGAUCAAGGCAAUUGUGGUAGUUGCUGGGCAUUCUCAACUAUUGCAGCAGUUGAGGGUAUAAAUCAAAUCAAGACAAAUAAGUUAGCCUCGUUGUCUGAGCAAGAAUUGGUUGAUUGUGACACUGAUGAAAAUCAAGGAUGCAAUGGAGGGCUUAUGGAAUAUGCAUUUGAGUUCAUAAAGAACAGGGGAGGCAUAACAACAGAAACUUAUUACCCUUACAAAGCAGAAGAUGCACGUUGUGAUGCUUCAAAGGCAAACUCACCAGCAGUGUCAAUUGAUGGCCAUGAAAACGUGCCGGAGAACGACGAGAAGGCACUGCUGAAAGCAGCUGCUAACCAGCCUGUAGCUGUUGCCAUAGAUGCUGGAAGUUCUGAUUUCCAGUUUUACUCCGAGGGUGUAUUUACCGGAGACUGCGGGAAGGAGCUGAAUCACGGAGUUGCAGUUGUAGGCUAUGGAACCACUCUGGAUGGAACCAAGUACUGGAUAGUAAGGAACUCCUGGGGACCAGAAUGGGGAGAGAAGGGCUACAUAAGGAUGCAAAGAGACGUCUCCAACAAGGAGGGACUUUGUGGAAUUGCAAUGGAGGCUUCGUAUCCCAUCAAGAACUCUUCAACCAAUCCUGUUGGACCUCAAUCCUCUCCGAAAGAUGAGCUCUGAGCAGAUCAAAUCCGCUGUUUGCUGCUCUGCCAUAUGCUUUUUCUUCUGUACUAGAGUUGCUACAUGGUACAUGGAGCCUCAUGAACCAUGCAAAUAAUAUUAUUGUUUCUGAAAUGGUUUGGUAGUGUAACAUUUUCUGUUAAGAUCUCUUUGGCUUGCCAAAGAUGAAAAUAAUUCUUUCCAAUUAUAAAUUGUCUCAA